AUGAAUUGGCUCGGCCUCCUUGUCCUGCUCACCGUGGCUGGGCUGGUGCAGGGGACAUGGGACAACUGCAGAUGGACCUGUGGGCUUCGACCCAUGGUGUCUGACUCCAUACCUCAUGACUACGGCCUGACACGAAUUGUGGGUGGUACAGAUGCCAAGUCAGGGGCCUGGCCCUGGAUGGUCAGCAUCCAGCAUCCCUGGAUACCAGGCACAAAUCACUUCUGUGGAGGGUCUCUCAUCAGGGCAGACUGGGUUCUCACAGCAGCCCACUGCUUUGACCUCAUUUUCAACACCACCAUGGUUUAUGUGGUGAUUGGAGCCACACAGUUGACUAAACCAGGACCUGGAGCACAAGUGCGCCAAAUUAAGAAGUUAGUACGUCAUGAAAACUAUAAGAGACAUGACAUGAGCAAUGAUAUUGCCUUGCUGGAACUGACCAAGCCUGUCCAGUGCAGCCCCUACAUCCAGCUGGCCUGUGUGGCUGACCCUAUCCUAGGAGUUGGAGUGUCACAGGAGCGUAACUGCUGGAUUGCUGGAUGGGGUGCUGUCACUGCAAAAGAUACAAACCCAAGUGAUCACCUCCAGGAGGCCAGGGUUCAGCUCAUUGAUGUCCAGCUCUGCAACAGCACCUUCUGGUACUCAGGAAAAAUCCACCCCUACAACUUGUGUGCUGGUUACCUGGAGGGCAACAUCGACACCUGCCAGGGUGACAGCGGUGGUCCUCUCAUGUGCCAGGACAACAGCGCUGACUCCUGGUGGGUUGUUGGAGUGACCAGCUGGGGAAAAAGCUGUGGCAGAGCAAGGCGGCCAGGAGUUUACACCUCCACUCAACACUUCUAUGACUGGAUCCUUCACCACAUGGGCACAAAUAAUAUUUAA